AUGUCAAAUCAAUCCUACAAACGUCAACGUACUGUUACAUCUACUGCCAGUUCUUCUCUUCCCAGCCCUGAUUCUCCGCUUUCAAGUAAGCAACCUCCGCCCUUGCAGCCUUCACCUCCACCCAGUGGUGACCACAUGAGCAUUCCAUCUUCCUCUGGUCCAUCGGAGACCACUUCAUCGCCCGCCGAAGAUACCGAUCCGAACGAACAUCGUUCACCGCCCUCAGAGCCAAAAGCCGACUAUGAUGCUAAGAGUACUUCUAGUGAUACAAGUAUGAGUGAUCCGUAA